UAUUUGUUUCACACUGGUUUUCACUCUCCCCUAGCUAACACAACAACUAGCUUCUCCUCCACCACCACUCUGCUCUACCCCUUCUUCCUUUUCCUCUUUCUGCAUCUCUUCUUCUACCCUCUGAAUGCUAAAUUGAAGCCAAGUUUGUCACUUGGUGUAGAAACACUUUCAAAAUACUAUCUUCAAAAUGAGGGGUUCUUUAGGUGCAGUAAUAGGUGGAAGAUACCCAUCAAGUGAUGGAGUUACCCAAAUGGGUGGAAUCAUAAGGCAUGACAGGAAAUGCAGAGACAUCAUUGUUCUUGUGAUCUUUAUAGCUUUUUGGAUUGCAAUGAUUGUUAACUCCAGCUUUGGUUUCAACCAAGGAAACCCACUAAGGCUUACUUAUGGGCUUGACUACAAAGGGAAUGUGUGUGGGGACAAGCAUGCGCACCCUGGUCUUCGUAAAUUGGAGCUUAGAUAUUGGCAAAACCCUAAUCAGGUUUAUCAGAGUGGAUUGAAGGAUAGCCAAUUUAAGCUUUCUGAUGCCCGCAGUAUAUGCUUAUCGGACUGCCCUGUGCCUGCGGAUGAUUCUCUUAACUGGGUGUGUGAUUAUCCUGAAGGAGAUAUUCGUCUUUCGAUGGAAGAUUGGAUUAAAAGGAACUAUGAUUAUUAUGAGUUCCUUACACCAGAAAUGAGAAACUCCUCUCUUAAACUUCAGGGCCCAUGUUACCCUGUCAUAUUUCCGAGUGUAAAUGUUUACUGGAGUUGCCAAUUUAUUGCUCGAGCAUCAAAUGCGUCUCUAAAUCACUGGCAGCUGAUGGGUGGAGAUAACAUCAAUAAAGACAUUCUUAUUGAUAAGUCCAUUCACAAGGCUAUUAAUUCUCGGUCGGCUGUCUUAAAGAGGUACAUGGCUGACAUAGGAAAGGCGUGGCCUGUUCUGAUUGUUUGUGGAGGGAUUUUACCUCUUUUCCUGUCUGUGAUUUGGUUGAUGAUGAUUCGGCAUUUUGUCGCUGCAAUGCCAUGGAUAACAGUCGUGCUCUUUAAUGUUCUAAUGAUAUCAGUUACAAUGUUCUACUAUCUAAAAGCUGGAUGGAUCGGAAAUGAUGCUAUUUCUCCCAUCAUUGGGGAGCAUGACCCUUAUAUUAAUGUAUUCGGGAGAGAGCUGAGUCAUCUACGUGUUGUCACUGUACUGAUGACCUUUAUCACAGUUGUUGCCAUUCUUACUUCAAUUGCUAUUGUUCGACGCAUCCUUAUGGCAACAUCUGUCCUGAAGGUUGCUGCAAAAGUGAUAGGAGAAGUUCAAGCACUCAUUAUUUUCCCACUCAUACCUUAUGGUAUCCUUGCUGUGUUUUACAUGUUCUGGAUUUCAGCUGCUCUCCAUUUGUUCAGCUCUGGCCAGAUUGUUCAGAAUGACUGCAACUCUAACUGUUGCACAUAUGAUCUCAUGGCAAAACGGGUGAAUUGUGAUCGUUGCUGUGGAUAUAGCAUUAAAUACACACCUCAUAUCGGAGUUUCCAUCCUUUUCCACUUAUUUGGGGGCUAUUGGGCUACACAAUUUUUCAUAGCAUCCUCCUCAACAGUGAUUGCUGGAUCUGUUGCCUGUUAUUACUGGGCUCAUGGUGAAACAUCGCCAGAAGUUCCAUUUCUUUCAGUCUUUUCCUCUAUGAAGAGACUUAUGCGUUACAGUCUUGGAUCUGUGGCCCUUGGUUCUCUGAUUGUGUCAUUUGUAGAAUCAAUCCGCUUUCUGCUUGAAUCUAUGCGUCGCAAACUAAAAGUCUCUAGUCAUGGGUAUGGGAGUUGGAUAGGCAAUGCUCUAUACCAAUCAUCUCAAUGUUUUCUCAGGUGUAUUGAGUGGACCAUCAAAUCAGUAAACCGAAAUGCUUACAUCAUGAUUGCUAUAACGGGCAAAAGUUUCUGCAGUGCUUCUUCUAUUGCAACAGAAUUGAUCAUGAAUAACAUUUUAAAGAUAGGGCGCCUUAAUGUAAUUGGAGAUAUCAUUUUGUUCCUUGGAAAAUUAUGUGUAAGCCUCUCGAGCGCGGUGUUUGCGUUCCUCAUGUUGGACACACACAAGUACAGUUCAGACCAUAACAAGACCUCAUCUCCACUCUUUCCUGUUGUGAUGUGCUGGGCUCUUGGAUACAUUGUUGCAACUCUCUUCUUUGCAGUUGUGGAGAUGUCAAUUGACACCAUCGUUCUCUCAUACUGCCAGGAUUCUGAAGAACACCAAGGGACAGCUCAAUAUGCUCCACCCCUUCUCAUCGAGACUCUUAGUGACCAAAAUGAAAUGCAGAGACUUACACAAGGACCCUAAUGAGAAGUGUCCCAUGUAUAAUUUUGGGUGAUGUUGGCAAGAUUUAGAUUUUUGUUUAGGUGCUUAUUUUUGCCUCCAUAGCUCUGUUAUUACUUCCCCUUGUAUAUAUGUUUAUGCACAAACAAGGGUGGGGACUGUAGGGUGUCCUUUUGCCGAAUGGGAUAUGUAGCCAAUUGCCAGGGGCACAAAUAGAAACAUCUAUUACCCUUUUCCUAUAUAAUUAUAACUUACUCAAAAGUACUUCUUCUA